AUGGUCUCAAGCAAUCCACUACCCACAACAUGGACAAACAUAAAUAUUGAACAGAAGAAUCCCAAACAAGGUCAAAAUCUAGAAACAUUCUCUCUCUUAUGGCUCGAUCAGAAUGUGAAUGAAAGCAAAGACAAUCGAGAAACACAAACACAGUUGCGGAGAUCGAUCAACUGUUUAUGGACGUUUGAAAGUGGAAAUGAGUGUGAAGAACAUAUUGGACAGAGCAAGGAUGAAAAGAUUGUUCUAAUCGUUUCUGGUCGAUUAGGCAGAGAAAUUGUCCCGAGAGUUCACGAUUUACCCCAGUUAAGUGCCAUUUAUGUCUACUGUAUGGACAAAAGAACGAAUGAAAUAUGGGCAAAAGCUUAUAAAAAGAUUACACACUUGUUUAGUUCACAAGGAUAUGAAACGACAUUUCAUAAUUCAAGAGCAAUGAGUGCUAUGUGUUCAACAAUGGUCAAUUUUACAGUUAAUGAUUUUUUACAUCAUGCUAUGAAAACAAAAAAAUCGAACAGUUUAAAUUCCGAUGAGGAUGAUGGUGGAGAGAAUGAUAGUUUAUUAUCAACAACAAAUAAUAUAUUUUCUGGUAUAAGAGCAUUUGGUACAAUUAAACGGGAUCUUAAACAAUCAUAUUUUAAAGCAAAAAUAAAUAACGAUAAAUAA